GUUUUUUUCUUAUAUAUUCCUUGCCUGGAUAUGCAAAAUUAACUGAUUCGAUACAAUCGAUUUGACUCUUUCGGGUCUCGUGCUCCAGUAACAAUUCCGGCUACGCAACUACAAGAGAGAAUAAAACAGCGGUCUUGCGACGAGAUCAUAAGUGGGAUAAGCGAUGGUUGUGGUGGCAAUUCCCAUAUUCAACGGGUUCACAGCCCUGGAUGCGAUCGGGCCUUACGAAGUUCUCCACAGAAUUCCGGGAGUGCGGGUGGAAUUCGUGAGCGAGACUGCUGGCCUGUACCUUGCUGAUGAUGGUCAUCUGCGAGUGGAAGCCCCGGUUUGUUUCGAGCAAGUUCCAAGCCCCGAUGUGCUCGUGGUUCCUGGCGGUCUUGUCAAGAACCUCCCUCUGACGAACAAGGCUUUUCUCGAUUACAUUGUCAAGGUUCACAAAACAAGCCUGUACACCACUUCUGUGUGCACUGGAGCGCUCCUCUUGGGAGCUGCUGGAAUCCUCCAUGGCCUCAAGGGGACGACGCACUGGGCAGCUUUUGACAACCUCGCUUCUUAUGGAGUUACUCCUGUUCAUCAGAGAUAUAUACGUCAGGGGAAGAUUAUCAUGUCCGCCGGCGUGUCGGCUGGGAUCGACUCGAAUUUGGAGGUGGCAGCCUUGCUAGCAGAUGAAACAAUGGCCAAGGCUGUCCAACUGUCGAUUGAGUAUGAUCCCCAGCCGCCAUUCGAUUCGGGCAGCGUGGGGAAAGCAAGCAAGGAGGUUGUGGAUCUGGCUAGAGAGAUCACCGAAGCCUUGCCUUCUCUUCAAGAUCAGUGAUCUCGUUUAUUCCUCUGAAUAAAGAUUCUUGAAUGGAUUCGCUAUGCUAAAUCUCUUGUGGCAUCUGAUAGAAUUAAGAAGGCAUAAAAAUCACGAACACGAUGUCAAAGUGAGAUUUU